AUGGAAGUGAAGCUCCGAACGUCUCGCUCCUUGGUCUCCAAGCUCAGCUCAGUCUCGUCCCAAACCCGUGCCGACGCCUUGAAAGAGCUUCGGCUCAUCACCAAGCUCGACCCCGACAGCCGCCCCCUCGUAGCUGAAGCCGGAGCCAUCCCCUACCUCUCCGAAACCCUCUUCGACUCUUCCCCUUCCGUCCAAGACGACGCCGCUGCGACCCUCCUAAACCUCUCCAUCUCCUGCCGCCACGCUCUCAUCUCCACGCGCGGCCUCCUUGACGCGCUCUCCCACGUCCUCCGCCACCACUCCUCCCCCUCCUCCUCCGCCUUCGCCGUCCAGUCCUCCGCCGCCACCCUCCACAGCCUCCUCGUCGUCGACGACUACCGCCCCAUCAUCGGCGCCAAGCGCGACAUCGCCUACUCUCUCAUCGACAUCGUCAAGAGCCUCAACUCGCCUCCGCGGUCGGUGAAGGACGCGCUGAAGGCGCUCUUCGGGAUCUCCCUCUACGCGCUCAACCGAGGCGCGUUGGUGGAGCUCGGGGCGGUUCCCGCGCUUUUCACGCUGGUGGUGAAGGACGGGCGCGUGGGGAUCGUGGAGGACUCGACGGCCGUGAUCGCGCAGGUGGCGGGGUGCGAGGAGAGCGAGGAGGAGUUUCCGGAGGGUUUCGGGGGUUAG